AUGUUUUUUUUUAAACGAUUUUAUGACAUCAAUGCAAUAAAGGCGUUGCUGAGGUGCUACAGUUUAAGCAGAAAAAAUCAUUAUGAAGUCCUCAAUUUACGAAGAAAUUGUUCCGAUAAAGAAAUCAAGGAAGCUUUCAUACAAAUGAGCAAAGAAUUCCAUCCUGAUAAAAACAAAGAUGUAAGGGCACAGGAAAAGUUUGUGCGUAUUGUGGAGGCGUACAAUGUGCUUGGGAAGCCCAAUAGUCGUGCGCAGUAUGACAACAUGAUAGAGAUAGAAACUUCUGGCUCCUCUUAUAUGUAUAGACAACAUGUGCCAUACAAUAUCCGCAAGAACCCACAGUACAGCUCCUACUACGAAACCCAUGCAAGGACGUCCAGCAGGAAUGAAAACACAAAUAAUAAUUUCUAUGGUGUGGCUGGAGUAAAGAAAUUACCAAACUAUGUCAUCAUUGCUAUGUGUACUGGGGUGGCCCUGAUUGGAGUUUUCCUGCAAGUGUUUGUAAUAAGAAAUUUAUACGUAUCGCAACGUAAACAAGCACAAGAAAAAUCUCAACGUCUUGCAGAAGAAUUGGACAAAGUCCGGGCUGCAGCUCAGACAAAUGGAAAUGAGUUGCAGACCCGUCUACUGCUUGACAAGAUCGUGGCAGCGGCGAACCCAACCGUCGCUACAGCGUCACUAGGACAGGCUCUGGCGAACGAAAAGAAAACAUCGCCGGAGGCAUUCCUCACAGAAUUAGGACUAACGGAGAAAUCAAAACGCACAGAAGAUUGGUCAUAUACAAAGAAAAGCGAUUCUCAAGUCACCGUUCAAAACUUUAUCAAAAAAGUUAUGUCCCUAUUACUAUAA